AGUUUGUACCCGGCCUUUAUACAAGGGUCACCCCUUGCCUUCUCUCUUCUUCUCUUCACCCCGCGUGCUCUCUCUCUCUACUCUCGGCGGCGACUGGGUGACAGCCGCUGCCUCCCUACGCCUGGUGCCCAGGUAUCGUUCGCCGCCGACGAGCACCGGCCAGGGGUAUGGGAAUGGAGGUCGUUGGUGCUGAAGCAGCACCAGCAGAGGUCAAAGUAUCUGAUGGAGAAGUGAAUCUAUUCCAAGAGAAGGAAAGCAAAGCAACUGCAAAAGAACGUGAGGAGGCAGUUGUUUUUGGUUCAGAGACAACUACCAACAUUGCUGAUCUGGCACCUCCAAAGGAUGCGAAGGAUGAGUGGCCUGAACCUAAGCAAACUUAUGCCUUCUACUUCAUCAAGAUCCGCUCAUUUGAGGAUCCUAAACUGAGGGCAAAACUCGAGCAGGCUGACAAAGAAUUCCAGAAGAAGAUCCAAGCUCGCUCUAAACUUAUUGAGGCAGUAAGAGCCAAGAAGGCAGAGCGCUCCAGUAUUAUCGCGGAGCUGAAGCCAUUGAGUGCUGAGAACAAACAAUAUAAUGAAGUUGUGAAUGAGAAGAUAAAGGAGAUGGAGCCUCUUCGGAACAGCUUGGGCAAGUUUCGUGAUGAAAACAAUGCCAUGAGGGCACAGAGUGCAGGUUUAUGCUCUUCUAUCGAAGAGCUUGACCUAACGAUCAAGAUGCUGAAUGAUCGGAUGGUGCAUGAGAGCAUACCUUUAUCUGAGGAGAAGCGUCUGGUGAAAGAAAUUAAGGACCUUGAAAAAACCAGAUCGAAAGUCAUCUCUAAUGCUGCUAACAGGGCUAAACUGCAAGGUACAGUGGUUGAAAAAGAGGCUAUACAAGACCAGGUCAAAAUCAUCGGGGAGGGCAUUGAUGGAAUAAAGAAGGAAAGACAGGCAGUAAGAUCUAAGAUUAAGGUCCUGGAGGAUGAGUUAAAACUUGUUGAUGCUGAGAUUGCAUCGCUUCAAGAAGAUUUAGAUGCAGCAACUGCCAGAAAGGACAAGGCGUAUGAAUCGUUGUCCGAAUUGAGAGCAGUGCGCGAUGCAAAAAACGCAUCCGCCACGCAAAACCGUGCAGUUUUAGGCAAAGCUAGGGAUUGUUCUUCAAGGAAUAUGCUGGCAGAAUUGCAAGAGCUCCACAAGACUGAGGUCGACAAGUUCAUGACCCAAUGGUGUGAAAGUAAGGCCUUCAGAGAGGACUAUGAGAAGAGAAUCCUUGCCUCCCUAAAUAGCCGACAGCUGAGUCGAGAUGGUCGGAUGAGGAAUCCUGAUGAGAAGCCCAUAUUUAUCGAGUCACAGGCGCCAGCUCCAGAGCCAGAGCCCAUCCCUGUAAAAUUGCCUGCAAAACAAACCAAAGAAGUGCCUGCUCCCCAGGAAGAUGAUGCUCCCAAGAUUGAAGCUCGUUCAAAAGGACCUGUCAAGUCGCACAAGGCAAAAGCUGCUCUUGAUGCCGAUGAUGAUUAUGAGGCUGAGCCCCCGAAGGAGAAGGCCAAGCCUACGGAGGCUGAUGUGGCAAAGUUGAAAGAGAUCAAGAGACAGGAGGAGAUUGAGAAGAACAAGCUUGCGCUGGAGAGGAAGAAGAGGCAGGCUGAGAAGCAGGCAGCAAAAGCCGCGGCCCGAGCACAGAAGGAAGCUGAGAAGAAGCUGAAGAAAGAGGAGAAGAAAGCCAAAAAGAAAUCUGGUGCAGCUGACACCGACGAGCCCUCAGAAUCGGAUGCCAAGUCUGAUGAAGCCAUAGAAGCCCCAGCGGAACAAGAAGUGAUCCUUGCUUCCACCACGGUAAAGAAAGAACAGAAGGAGAGUGCCCGGCACAGGAAUGUGGUCAGCCGGAGCAAGGCCCCGCCACCCAAGGCGAUCCUGAAGAGGAAGAAGGCGCAGUCCUACUGGUCAUGGGCUGGCCCAGCUGCCAUAGUGGCUGCGGUGCUGGUUGCCCUCCUCGCGGUGCUGGGAUACUACCAGUACUACCUCCCAGCGAAUGUCAGCAACUGAGUGGAUGAGGCCCGUGCACUCCGCCGCCAGGCCAUUUGAUGACGUGGAGACCAAUUUUGCAGGUGAGAAGAAAGAGUGCAAGGUCUGCUUUUGAGACGUGAAGGACCGGAGGAAUGUCUUGUUCACUUUUGAUGUUAGUUUAUAUAUAUUCUAUGGAGCCGAAGAUACAGUUGAUUUUGGUUGCGACUUUGCUAGAUCUCUCUAAAUAUAUACUGCGACUGAUAUAUCCCGUGUACUUUUGAAGUGAAGCGUAUAUUGACAUCUGGAAUAAUGCCUUUCGCUUUAGGAAUCUCAAAUAAUGGCCCUGUCUAUGCAUU